AUGUCGACGUAUACGUACGCACCCCCCGCCACUCGCCACCGCUCGCGCAAGGGCAAAGAGGUCGACCGCCCGGAGGCGCAUUGGCCCUCGAACGCGACGAACAUGCGCCACACCGUCGACCUCCGCCGAGGGUGGGUACCAUCUCCAGAGCUGCACGCGCAGGUGCUGCCUAGGCCAUCGAGCCCUGCCGCAGCACCUAUUGUGGCGGAGGAGUCUCGCGCCACCAACACCAGGACGUUCCCGACGACUACGACCAUACCGGCACGGUCUGCAAGGAGUGCGCGUGCGUAUGACGGAGACUAUCCAGAGCAGGAAGAAAGGCACACGGGCCCCCACCACCCGCAAGCACAGAGACAUACGCUCGGCAAUGAUAUACCCCACACCCGGCGGAGCGCUUCGACAGCGGCAUCGACAACAUCGCGCACACAAACCGGGUCCAUCGAGCGCGAAAAGCAGGAGGAGCGGUCGAAGUCAUGGUUCAUCGCGCUCUUAACUCGCAGGAAACGCAAACGGACCAGCGCGACCAGUGGUGACACAGGCGGGCGCGACAGCGUCGCUGAAAGUUGGGGCAGCGCUGCACACCGCGACCGCGCGCACGAAGUCGAAGAGCCCGCGCCCGCGCCCGAGCCUCUCCCAGAGAUCACCCCCACACAGUGGCGCGCGUACGGUGUCUGGGCGCGCCCGCUGCUCGGCCCGCCGUGGAACAUGGUCGUCCACAACGCCACGCCCCCGCGCCACGCUCGCUCGCUCAGCCCGCCACAAGUGGACGCGAUGCUCGCCAGCCUGCGCGACGCGGACGGCUCCCCGCACCCCGAGCGCUGGGUCGCGCGCGUCGCGCACCCCGCCCUCCCGCCGCGCCCCGCGCUCUGGCCGACGCCCCGGCAGAGCUUCGACGCGGCCCCGGGCGCGCUCCAGCUCAACCCGUUCCUCCUGCACCCCCGCGCGGGCCCGCCCCCGCUCCACUUCGACCUCCGCGGCGCGCUCGACGGCGUCCUCUUCGGCGCGCCCCUCGCGAGCCCGUACGACGACCCGAGGGAGGAAGCGGAGGGCGAGCGGCCGCGCGCCGCGGACGCCUUCUGGUGCGACGGCCCGAACGGCGCGCAGCCCGCGACGUUCCCCGGCGUCCCCCGCCUGCGCAUCACCGCGCUCGCCGACGACCCCGCGCCCCCGCCUUUCCCUGGCCGGUCACGGUCCUCCCCGGGGACGCCCGCCUGCCCGUGCGCGUGCGCGACGUGCUCGAGGCCCUCCAGCAGAACUUCGCCCAGCGCCUGCACCCCGACGAGUGGGCGGAGAUGGGGCCCGCGCGCCGUGCGGCCGUCGGGAGGGCGUACUGGCUGA